AUGCCGACGAGGCACGAGCUAUACCCUUUCUUCAAGUAUGCAGCAACUUCAAAUUGGGUAUCGAAAUUUACUGAUACUGUGGAGUGUGCGAAUAGUGUCAAUGAAGCUGUCGAUCAGUACUACGAAGAUCCUGACAGAUACUCAAAUCAGGGAUCAUCAAAUAUGGACCACUCGUCCGCAGUAAUCAUGAUCAACCCUGCUCAUAACCACGCCGUUGUUCAUACCACGGGGAUCGCCCUUUCCCCCAGCGAGCCUCCUUCAUACACAUUGGCCAUGGGGAGUCCCCCAACGUCGGCCGGAAGCCAGAUGAGCCCCAGACGAUCAAUUGCAACAUCCAGCAGUGGAUCGUCCUAUCGAUCUGAAGAAAGCUCUUUGACACAAGCUGCGCGAGUACGGGCCCAGGAUGAGAUCGAAAUCCAGAAGAUGCUGCACAGUGUCCAAAUGUCGUGUCGGAUCUAUAACCCCGAGAUUGAGCCUGAGCACGAGACACAUGUGCUAUGUGACUGUCCAGUCCAUAAGUACUGGAAAAUAAAGUUUGAGCGCCUGCAUGUGCUCGAAAUGUGGUCCAAGGCUGUGGUCUAUCCUGGCGAAAAGCCAUACCACGAUUUUUCCCACCUACGACUUUCCAACAACAAUCCAUAUGCUAACAUAAUGUCAUCAUACACACUCGCAAGCUCUUCAUUGCGCGGAGUGGCAAAGCCCGAUCCAAAAUUCCAUCUCAGAUUCGUCCAGGAAACCAUAGCACUUGAUUCAGCCCUCAACGAGAAGGCACAUGCAGCCGUUCAACUGACGGAGCCAUCCGUCAAUAUCUGGGAGCUUGAGCAGUUGGAGUCGCUGGUAUCGGACAUGUCUGUAACCCGCCGUCGAUCCGACUAUGGUGACAACAACAGUGAGAAGCCAUCCAAACGGUCAAGCUUUAGGAAGGCUUUCUCUGUCAGGAGCUCAGAUGAGCGCACGGCAUUGAAGAUAAGAAAGAAGCUUUCCGGACCUUUCAAAUUGCGCAGCGAUAUUAUCGAAGAAGAGCAGCACAGAUGGCAAGAUGACACCGACAGGUAUCUUGCCUUAACCUACCAAAACCGCACUGGAAUAGCUCGAGAUGUCGAGGAGCUUCGAACGCAGAAGCCACUCCAAUAUCUUCAUCUUUUGCGGGCAGGAUACUUUGAGCCAAUUCCUAUAGCCUGGCAAUGUCACACAUCGAACCCUCUGGGAUUCACCAUUGAUUCCUCUGCGGGGUGGAGGGGACUGACGCCUGCGUGGAGAGGCUACAGAACUACAGCCGAAGAGCGACUCUACUGGACUCUAAAACACCGGAUAGGAGGCGAAACCACAAAAAAGCCUGACUUGAUAUCAGAGCUUGAUACAGCACGGGAGCGUAUGGCAUCAGCGGUGCAACUUCACCCUCGAUAUCAUUCACCUGAUGAUAUCUGCAAUAGCCAAUAUCCCUCCAGAAACUAUUCAAACCAGAUAAUGCCUCCUUCCCGGUCAUUUUCCAGUGCCAAAUCUCCGACAGACGAAACAAUGAUACUUAUGGAUGCUUGUGGCUCGAUGAACACCAGUCCCUUGCAGGCAAGAUUUACCCAAUAUCUCCUCACAGCCUUUUUAAAGUCUGAGCAGCCAAAGCACCAAGGUAGAUCAAAUACUUACUACCUCUCUUAUCACGCUAAUUAUGCAAUUAUAGAUUUGAUCAAAGCCAUCCUACGUCGCUUUCUCGAAACACUGAGCCGACAUGAUCGCAGCGUGCACAAUUCCCAACUUGUAACAUUCAAUAAUCAAGCCGAUUACAUUGACGUGAUCAACUGUUGGAAUAUCAAUGAAGUCUGGAAUAAGAUCGCAUUUUCCGGGCGCAGUUUUAUCAUGGUGGGAUGGCAAAAGAUCAAAGAGAUGCAUUUCCAGAAACAUUCCGAAACAGCAACAUAUCACCCCAUCUAUGGGUGGCAAGCCGGACCCCACACACCCAACCUACGACUCCUUUUGAUGCUCGGCAGUGAAAUUACAGACAUGGACGAGUUUGAGCUGACUCUCCUCGAUGCACCCUGGGCCCAUGUCACCAUCUUCCUAAUCGGAGCCGAGGACUGUCCCCGUCACCACCGGCGUGCAGGAAGACUCCAGCGAAUGGCCGAUUCAAAUCCACGGAUAUCGCUCGUCGAAGCCCAAGGGCUUGUUCCAGAACGCUUUGUGACGCGCGAGCUUCUCAAGUGCCACCUCGGCCAGAUUAUCACAAUUUCUGAUAUUGAAGAUCUCGAACAACAUCCGGUAGAGCUACCAUCGCCAUUGGGACCUCAGGCACCGGCUCCGAGAGCUCAAUCGGGGCAACCCCGGUCGAGACAAUUGCUGGCUGAGCUAUUCUCGGAAGAGACACAAACCUGGCGUAGACAGUCCCAGCCACCAAGCAGACCGGGCUUAUAUGAGCUUCCGGACGAUCCAAGACCUGUAGAGUUACCGGCUACAGAGAGCUCGGCUUUGACUCGGCGGCCUACUGUGCCAACCCGACCACCUCCCCUGCCCCCACAACCGGAGCUGGAUCACUCACUUGAUCCCCCGCCUCCGUAUGCGGGCUGA